GCAGCUGUCCGUGUUUCUGUUUUGGACUCCUCUGCGCCUUCCGGUUCACUUCUGUGACAACUGCGCAUCCAGUUUUUGGGUGUGGAAAACAUCCUGAGCGUGACAGCCUGCGCGCGCUUCACACCGGGCUUCUCGGACUGCUUCGUUUGUUCUCUCAGACCAGAUGUUCCGUGGACUUGGACUCGCACAUCUGCACCUGCCGAUGCCCUCUGACCGUACGUCGCCCCUUGGCUGCUGUAGCGCCGGGCAGGAGGCUGAAGUUGAAGUGUCGCACCUGGAGGCGUGAGCUCCAAAUGCAUUCUCUCCUCUUGGGCCGGGAAACGAAAGAAGAAGAAGAAAAAGAAGCCGCCUGGUUCGGGUUCGAUCCGCUUGGUCUGUGUCCGGGCUUUCUGCCCCAGGCUGCCACUACCAUGUUCAGCUGCGUGGGCUGCUUCUGGGUGCUCCUGUCCUCGGUUCUGGUCGCCGUCUGCAGCUUCAGCUUCAUAUCCCCUGCCUGGAUAGUGAAGGACCAGCUGAGGAGCAGCCAGCAGCAGCAGCAGCAUCCUCACACCAGCAGCAAGGACUCCGUGAGCUUCGGCUUGCUGUGGCACUGCUCGGAGUCUCUGGAUCACAUGUACCGGUGCUACACCUUCGGGGGUCUGGGUAAAUUUGCUGAGAUCCCCUCCAGCUCCUGGCAGACUAGUGCCGUUCUGUGUUCGGGCGGCUGCGCUCUGCUCGCUGUCAGCUCCCUGUUGGCCAUCAUCACCAUCUUCCUGCCUGGUGGAGGAUGUGAGAGGAGGAUCUGCACCCUGGCUGGAUACAUGCAGAUGGCAUCAGUAUUCAUCAUGGCCACCGGACUGCUGGUUUACCCUUUCGGCCUCAACUCUUCACUCGUUCGAUCUUUCUGCGGAGACUCUGACAUCUACUAUGCCGGCGAGUGCCAGAUUGGUUGGGGCUACAUGCUGGCCAUUGUUGGAGUCAUGCUCACCGUCUUUCUGCCCUUUUUUGCCAAAUAUGCGCCAAAGGAGCAGCUGUCCCCCACCCCUUUGCCAACCCUGUUAUAGUUGUUUAGUUUUCCACCUCUUGAUCAUUUC